AUGUUGAAUUAUAUAAUGUUGGUCUCCCGACAAGGGAAAGUACGUUUGGCGAAAUGGUUUCAGACUCUCCCUCCCAAAACCAAAGCGAAGAUAGUGAAAGAUGUUACCCAGCUUGUGUUGGCUAGGAGGACUAGGAUGUGUAAUUUCUUGGAAUAUAAAGAUACCAAAGUGAUUUACCGACGAUAUGCCUCUCUAUUCUUCAUCACCUCGAUCUCACCAGGUGAUAACGAGUUGAUCACUUUGGAAGUCAUACAUCGUUAUGUUGAAGUGUUGGAUAGGUAUUUCGGAAAUGUAUGCGAAUUAGAUCUGAUAUUCAAUUUCCAAAAAGCCUAUGCUAUCCUCGAUGAGUUGAUCAUAGCUGGAGAAUUACAAGAAUCAUCUAAAAAGGCUGUACUCAAAAUCGUCGCUCAGUCGGAUGCUAUAGAAGAAGCCGAAGUAUCUGAAGAUUCACUCGCUAGAUUAGGUAGUUUAGCCAGAUCAUAA